GGAUCGUCAUCAACUCAUCAUCGUUUUUCUCUCUCUAUCUGUGCACGCGAUUUGUGACUGUGAUUGUCAGAAGACAGAGAGAGAGAGAGGGAGAAAGAUGAUGUAUUCGCGGACUAGAAGCGUUGUUGGAAACCUCAAAUGGGCCGCGAAAUCCUUCUGUUCGUCUUCAACCACCCCAACCACGGCGGCGCCGUCUCAAUUCCCGCAGACUCUGGCAGGGCUCCGGGCUCGACUGGCGGAAGAAUCGCCGUCGCUUUCUGACUUCAUUGCGCUGAAAUCAGGGAACGCGUACUCGGUGGAGGUUGGGACGAAGAAGAGGCCUCUACCGAAGCCGAAAUGGAUGAAGGAAUCGAUUCCUGGGGGAGAGAAGUACGUGCAGAUCAAGAAGAAGCUCCGCGAAUUGAAGCUUCACACGGUCUGCGAGGAGGCACGGUGCCCUAAUUUGGGCGAGUGCUGGUCCGGCGGUGAGACCGGCACUGCCACCGCCACUAUCAUGAUUCUCGGAGACACUUGUACUCGAGGUUGCAGAUUUUGCAAUGUUAAGACAUCAAGAACUCCUCCACCACCUGACCCUGAUGAGCCCACCAAUGUGGCUGAAGCAAUUGCAUCAUGGGGUUUGGAUUAUGUGGUUAUAACAAGUGUUGACCGUGAUGAUUUACCUGAUCAAGGGAGUGGUCAUUUUACUGAAACAGUGCAAAAACUGAAGGCACUGAAGCCUAGUAUGCUGAUAGAAGCCUUAGUUCCUGACUUUCGAGGAGAUGCUGACUGUGUUGAGAGGGUUGCCAAAUCAGGAUUAGAUGUCUUUGCACAUAAUAUUGAGACAGUUGAAGAGCUUCAGAAUGUUGUGCGGGAUCACCGUGCUAAUUUUAAGCAGUCUUUGGAUGUUCUGACGAUGGCCAAGGAUUAUGCUCCCGCUGGAACCCUCACCAAGACUUCAAUAAUGUUAGGUUGUGGGGAAACACCUGACCAGGUUGUGAAGACAAUGGAGAAGGUGAGAGAAGCUGGUGUUGAUGUGAUGACAUUUGGUCAGUACAUGAGACCUUCAAAGCGCCAUAUGCCAGUAUUUGAAUAUAUUACACCUGAGGCCUUUGACAAGUAUCAGACUCUUGGCACGGAAAUGGGAUUCCGAUACGUGGCAUCUGGGCCCAUGGUGAGGUCAUCAUACAAGGCAGGUGAAUUCUAUAUUAAAUCCAUGAUUGAAUCAGAUCGUGCUGCAUCUCUCCCUCAAAGCUGACUGCCUCUUGAUCGAAUAUUUUUUUAAUUACCCACUUCUUUAAUGUGCAUUAUAAGUAAGAAAGAGCACAGGUGUACUACAUGCCGUUGAUGCCUAUGCCACUGUAAUAUAUGAGUAAAAUGCUAUUAGUAGGCUUAUACAAUCUGUGAUUUUUUUCCCUCCUCCCCAACCGUAACACCAAUGAGUGGACUGGUUCUGAUUUAUUUGGAUAAUGCAAAUUUCAUAGGUUAAUUGUAUAUGUUUUUGUUUACAUGAAAUCAUAUUUCUCUUUUACAGAUGCAAUUUAUAAUAGUUACCACAGUUAUUAAAUAUUUACUUUU